AUGCCCCUCCAUGAAUCCCUCACCAAUUUCUCCAUCCGCCGCUUCAGCGGGUACAUCUGCCUCAAGCCCCAAGUGGGUGAUGAUGAUAGCAAAGUCUACAACCUCAGCGCCAUCAACACUGUCUGGAAGAAGUGGGCCAUGGCACGCAUCACACAGAAGAAGCCGCACGUCGGUAUCACCAACACUGAGGAGUCUCUGAGCAGCAUCGGCAGUGCCAAACAUGAAUUUUCCCAGGAUCCAGUGGUGAAGGUCAAUGGCGAGUUGAACUCUUCUCAUCAAGAUUUGAGUGAUGAGGAGGUGAUUGAGACAUUGAAGUCUCUGUUCUGCACCCUGGCCAAGGCCCUCAAGCAGACCAAGACCAAGUUCAAGUUCUACGGAUACACCGAUAAGUUCUUGUGCCAAUACAACAUCUCCCACUCCAAGAAAUCACUCCCUGAAUCAAAAGAAGAGUUCCAAUCUCAACCGAGCACCAAGAAGCCUGAAUCAGAACAAGGCACCAAGAAAGUUCAAACACAGUCAAGCACGCCCAAGCUGCAGCACCGUGAAAACCUACAAGAACUCAAUGCAGAGCCAGGACCAACACCAAGGCAGCAAGGCCCCAAGGAAGUGGGGGUUGACGGUCCUCAAGACUCGGUGGAUGACCGAACUGAGGUUGAAUGUUAG